AUGCCGCUCUGUUGUGUACAUUUAGGGCCACAGUCACGUGAGACAACACGCGCACUGGAGCGCGAUGAACAAAGACGCAACCACUGGCCUUCCACACUGUGGACGGUGGUUAAAGCCGUCCACAGUAUUCGGGAUAUAAAUAUGCGCCUCAGUGUCCGUGGAGGCCACCCCAAAUCGUUCGCUCUUCCUUGACUCGAGUCAUACUCUGCAUUAUCAUGGAAACGAUGUCCACCACAACAGCUAUGACGCGCAGCGAUAGCGCCACUUCGAUGGGCAUCACCGAUGCUCUGGCGCUCUCCUCUGCCAACAAACUAAGCCCCGCCGAACGAAAGGCCUUCAGUAAACCAGAUCACAAAGCUGGCAAGGUCCUCGGCGUCACACUCACGCGCAAUCACGUAGGACAGGUGCACCACGAUAAGAAACUUUCUCCAUGCCUAUCACAAGAUCAAGAGAAUGUCCAAGGUGAUAAUAUCCUCGAGGACACUAAGGUUAUAGGUGCAAAGCGUUCAUGUAGCCGCAAUGCAAGCGCUGUCACCAUUAUUGGGCCACUUAAGGACCUUGGCCGUGUGCUCGCUUCAGGUAUGGGGAUGGUAGAGAAGCGGAACAAGGGGCGCAUGGCCGCUGGGGGAUAUACGCAACGCGUUGUUUUGGGCCUCUUGCGAUCCAAUGAACCAUCUAGCAAGGAAGGCAAGGAAGAACUACCGACGGGAGUUAGCGACGACAGUGCAUGCUCGCUCCCGGAGCUAGACGAGAGUGAAGAUACCGACGCGCUCCUGAGGUGA